AUGUCAGGAAUGAGUUUGAAGUUAGUAUUAGUGUGGUUAUGUUUUGUUGUGGUGUGGUUUGGUCUAGUAUUGGGUAGCGCGAUUGGCAACCCAGACUCUAACCCAAUGGAUAAGGAAACCUCCAACGCAUCGGCUGGUUUAUCUCAUCUAAGAGCCAAUGAAAAUCAGGCUAAAUGGCCUUUGAAUUAUCAAUCCAACCCAAUAAAACCAGAUACUCGACUAGUCAACUGGCUGCAGGAGAUCCACAUGAUUAAGAAGUACGAUGACCAUGAAUGGGUAUAUGACCCUAAGCUAUCUAAGUGGGACCUUUAUUUAGAGGGGGAUACAAUUCCCAGGCCCACUAAAUAUCCAAUGUAUCUUAUACUCUAUACAACAGAAGAAAUAACCGCAUAUCGUUGCCAAGAGUAUUUUGAACAGCUUAACAAGCUAAACAAAGUCAAGUGCAGUAUUCCCGUGCACAUUGCACUUCUAUGGAAGUGGCGGGGCCAAGGAGUAUUCAAAUUGAUUCUUAUUCUGUUGCGGACUUUUGACACCCCCAGGUUAGAGAUUAUGUUAGCAGGGAGCUUAUUCAACCCCAACUCAAUACAAACGGAAAAGGAUCCAACAGAGCUAAAGUACUUACUAAAAGACAUUCCAGAGGAAAUGAAGAAGAGAGUGACUAUUUUCUCGGCUAAGGAAAAGCACGAAGAUAUGAAGUGGCAUAGCUUUUUUGAAAUGAUCAAACGAAUCUAUAUCCAAUCUAAUACUACCCUAGACGAGCCCAACUCAACUCAACCUAACCCAACUUAA